UAAAAUUUAAAGCAGACAGAAUGCCGUCUCAACUACGAAAGUACAAGGAGAAAAUUGUGUCAUUUGUCUACGUGGGGAGCGUAGAAUGAGACUUUUCAGCCAGAAAAAAGGUCUAUGUCUUGAUCAAAUAGAGGAGAAAGGAGCAGUCACCUUUGAUAUCAUAGAUCUCACUUUCCAAUUUCCAAUCUGUUGUCUCUGAUACAAGAUCUGCAUCAACAAAACGCCAUGGACAGAACAGAGAAGCUUCACAUUGCAAUGUUCCCAUGGCUAGCUUAUGGUCACAUAAUGCCAUUUCUUGAGGUUUCCAAAUUCUUAGCUCUAAAGGGUCAUCGCAUAUCCUAUAUUUCCACCCCUAAAAACAUUAGCCGCCUCCCUAAGCUUCCCCUACAUCUGUCCUCUAACAUAAGUUUUAUCGAGUUUCCUCUUCCUCAGAUUCAUGGCCUACCACCAGGAGUUGAGUCCACCGCUGAGAUACCGAUCCAAAAAGUUCCUUAUCUUAAAAAGGCAUAUGACAAGCUCGAAGUCCCUUUGACAGAGUUCCUAAAAACCUCUCAUGUCAACUGGAUAAUCCAUGACUUUACGCCUCACUGGUUACCUGGAGUUGCCACUCCACUCGGCAUCAACUUAGCUUUCUUCAGCAUAUUCAAUGCCUCUUUUCUUGCUUUCCUUGGCCCACCAUCAGCUUUGCUUGGUGAUCUCCGAAAACGACCAGAAGACUUCACAGUUGUCCCUAAGUGGAUCGAUUAUCCUUUUAACAUAGCUUUUAAGCUCUAUGAGAUGUUGAAUCACCAAGAAUGCAUGGAAGAUGUAUCUGAUUUUCAACGGGGUGGACUAGUGAUUCAAGGUUGCCAAUUUGUAACUAUUCGGAGCUGCUCCCAGUUCGAACCUGAUCAGAUUCAAUUGCUUAGUAAACUUUACCAGAAACCUGUUGUUCCACUCGGGUUGCUGCCUCCAUCACUGCCAUCUAAGGAAGAUAAAAGAGAUGAGAAAUGGGAAGCUAUAAAGAAAUGGCUUGAUAGCAAAGGAGUGAAAUCAGUUUUCUAUGUUGCACUUGGUAGUGAAGUGAUUCUGAGUCAAGAAUUUAUGCACCAGUUGGCAUUUGGAAUAGAGAAAUCCAACUUGCCCUUUAUUUGGGUGGUUAGGAGCAGCGCACUAGUUGAAGGGCAGGUGGGUCAUCAGGACAUUAUCCCUCCAGGGUUUGAAGAGCGAGUCUCUGACAGGGGCUUGGUUUUGAGAGAUUGGGCACCUCAACUACGAAUAUUAGCUCACUCCUCUGUUGGUGGUUUCUUGACUCAUUGUGGUUGGAGUUCGAUUAUCGAGGCACUCAAGUUGGGUCGGCCUUUGAUCUUGUUUUCCGGGGCAAGUUCGGAUCAGGGGUUGAACGCUAGGUUGUUGCAUGGCAAGAAGGUUGGGUUAGAAAUAGAGAGAAAUGAACAGGACGGUUCAUUUACAAGCGACUUGGUGGCUCAGAAGAUUAGGCAGGUGAUGGUGGAGCCAGAAGGGGAGCCGAUCAGAGCAAAUGCGUGGGCAAUGAGAGAGAUUUUUGGCAAUGAACAGUUGAGUAACAAGUACUUGGAUGAAUUCACUCGGUUCAUCGAAGAGUUUGCACCUUCAGCUUUGGAGUUUUAAGCUGUUAAUUCUUCAUCAAGUCAUCACCAACUGCCAUUUCCCCCACUUUCAAGGUGGAAAUGAACUUUAUGUCUACCAUAAAAAAAUAUUACUAAUAAAGUGUUGUGUCAUGAUUUGCAAUAAACCAUUCAUGGUAAUUACAAAAAAAAAAAAAUUACUAAUAAAGUGUUGAGAUAUUGCGAUUAAUUUUGAUGGAUAGGUUUUAUAUUAGUUAAGCCAAAUUGAGUGCUUGUUAUGGUAGAAGUAUUUUGAGGAAGUUGUUAACUUUUAUAUUAAUGGCAUUAACA